AUGUCUUGUUUUAUUAUAUAGAUUUACUUAAAUAGUACUUGACAAUCUAUUUGGAUUUACUUGUUAAAACAAAUCGCACUGAAAUAAACAUUCAAAUCAUAAAAUUAAGAUUGUUAAUUUAAAGGAAAAAAUGGAGGUAGAUAGUAUUGCCAGAGACAUGGAGGGGUUAGAGGUUAAGGAUCAGGUGUACAGGAUUGCUGAUUCCCCGGAUGUAGGAAGACAUAUAGUUACAACUACAGCUAUACCUCAGGGGGCAAUCAUUCUUCAUGAUAAACCACUAGUUACAGGUCCGUCUCGUGAUAGUGUUCCUGUAUGUCUGGGCUGCUACAGAAGUAUAGAUUUGCAGAAUAAAUAUAGUUCCGAGGAUGAAGCAACUCUACCCCACACACUCUGCCCAAGGUGUAAAUGGCCGCUGUGUGGAGAAGAAUGUUCCAACUCACCAAGGCAUAAACCGGAAUGUUAUUUUCUUUUCCAGUCUGGUUGUCGAGUAAAUGCUUGUGACACAGAUUCUUUAUAUGAUGUUAUAAUGGUCCUCAGAUGUCUUUAUCUCCGGGAUACAGACCAGGAAGCCUGGGUCUCCCUCUGCUCCCUACAGUCCUGUGAUCCCUCAAGUAUGGAUGAUGAGCUUGUGGACCGAGCCAAGAAGGUUGCAAAUCUUAUAUGUGGAACCUUCAAGCUCGGAGAUAAGUUCAGUCGAGAGCUUGUGUUUGAGAUGUGUGGCAGGUUGGAGACAAACUCAUUUGAGAUUCCCCUUGGUCUUUCCUCAGUCAGUGUACAGGGAGUGUACAGUAAAGGGUGUAUGGUUGAACACUGCUGUACACCUAGCGUACACAGAACAUUUAAUUCUGAUUUAUCAUUAACAAUCAGGGCAGCUUAUCCAUUAGAAGAAGGAGAUGCAGUUUCCUUAUGCUAUACAGACAGUUUGUGGACAACUGCACAGAGAAGAGAACAUUUAGUUUACAGCAAGGAUUUUAUCUGUAAUUGUGAUAGGUGUCAGGAUAGGACGGAGAAUGAAACCUAUCUGAGUGCGCUGAAAUGUUUAAAAUGUCCUGAUGGAUAUUAUCUACCGGACUCUCCCCUAGACUGUUCUAGUCCCUGGUCGUGUUCACAAUGUAAACUAGUAGCUCCGCAGGGUUACAGUGAGCUAGCAGAUAGUAAAGUAUCAGCAGCAGUUUCUAAAAUAGAAGAAGAGGGUCUCACUGUUCCAGCUUGUAAGAAGUUCCUUGCCACCUAUAGUAAGGUUCUCCACCCCCACCACGCCCACAUGCUGGACGUAAAGUACAGUCUGCUAAACCUACUCGGGCACACUGAUCAUUCUAGCCUGGAGAACCUCACAGAAGAGGAUUUGAAACUAAAGGAAGAAUUGGCGAAAACCUUCUUGGAGAUCGCUAGAAAACUUCUACCUGGGAUAUCCCGCCUUAAGGGAACCUCGCUAUACGAACUGUUUCUAACGGUUAAACAGCGUGCUGUUCUUGCUCUAGCACAACUACACGAAAUAGAUCAUAGUAAAGAGAAUAUUCUUGGAUUACUGGGAGCUGCUAGUCUUCAUCUACAGGACUGUAUAGAUUGUCUUCAAUAUGAACCGGAGCAUAGGCCUGAGGGACAGGUUUAUCAGAGAGCACUUCAAGACAGAGAGCUGGUACUGAACCUGAUCCAGCAAACUGAACUUAAGUUCAAGUCCUGAGAUAAACCUCUUCUGAAUCUGAUCCAGUAAAAGGAACUUACGUUCAAGUUCUAAGAUAUACCUCUACUGAACCUGAUCCAGCAAACUGAACUUAAGUUCAAGUCCUGAGAUAAACCUCUUCUGAAUCUGAUCCAGUAAAAUGAACUUACGUUCCAGUUCUGGGAUAAAUCUCUAUUGAACUUGAUCCAGUAAACUAAGAUAAACCUCCACUGAAUCUGAUCCAGUAAACUGAACUUAAGUUCAAGUCCUGAGAUAAACCUCUACUGAACUUGAUCCAGUAAACCUAAGAUAAACCUCCACUGAAUCUGAUCCAGUAAACUGAACUUAAGUUCAAGUCCUGAGAUAAAAC